AUGGGCCCCGGGCCGGUCUGCUGGGCGCUGCUCGCCCUGGGGCUCUGCUGCGCGCACCGGGCGCGCCCUCGCCACGUGCUGCUGAUCGUGGCGGACGACGGAGGCUUUGAGAGUGGCGCUUACAACAACAGCGCCAUCGCCACCCCCCACCUGGACGCCUUGGCCCGGCGCAGCCUGGUCUUCCGCAACGCCUUCACCUCUGUCAGCAGCUGCUCACCCAGCCGGGCCAGCCUCCUCACCGGCCUGCCCCAGCAUCAGAACGGCAUGUAUGGCCUGCACCAGGACGUCCACCACUUCAGCUCCUUCCCCGGGGUGCGGAGCCUGCCGCUGCUGCUGAGCCAAGCUGCCAUCCGCACAGGCAUCAUCGGGAAGAAGCACGUGGGGCCGGAGACGGUGUUCCCCUUCGACUUCGCGCACACAGAGGAGAACGAGUCUGUCCUGCAGGUGGGGCGGAACAUCACUAGAAUUAAGCUGCUGGUCCGGAAGUUCCUGCAGACCAGGGACGACAGGCCCUUCUUCCUGUACGUGGCCUUCCACGACCCCCACCGCUGCGGGCACUCCCAGCCGCAGUACGGGCCCUUCUGCGAGAAGUUCGGCAACGGAGAAAGCGGCAUGGGGCGCAUCCCAGACUGGACCCCGCAGAUCUACGGCCCGCAGGAUGUGCAGGUGCCUUACUUCGUCCCCGACACCCCGGCAGCCCGGGCUGACCUGGCCGCUCAGUACACCACCAUCGGCCGCAUGGACCAAGGGAUCGGACUCGUGCUCCAGGAGCUGCAGGGAGCCGGCGUCCUGAAUGACACCCUGGUGAUCUUCACCUCGGACAACGGCAUCCCCUUCCCCAGCGGCAGGACCAACCUGUACUGGCCGGGCGUGGCGGAGCCCCUGCUGGUGUCGUCCCCAGAGCACCGGAAACGCUGGGGCCAGGUCAGCGAGGCCUACGUGAGCCUGCUAGACCUCACGCCCACCGUCCUGGACUGGUUCUCCAUCCCGUACCCCCGCUACGCCAUCUUCGGCUCGAAGCCCGUGCAGCUCACCGGCCGCUCCCUGCUGCCGGCGCUGGAGGCGGAGCCCCCGUGGGCCACCGUCUUCGGCAGCCAGAGCCACCACGAGGUCACCAUGUUCUACCCCAUGCGCUCCGUGCAGCGCGGGGACGUCCGCCUGGUGCACAACCUGCACUUCAAGAUGCCCUUCCCCAUCGACCAGGACGUCUAUGUUGCGCCUACUUUCCAGGACCUCCUGAACCGCACUGUGGCCGGCCAGCCCACCGGCUGGUACAAGGACCUGCACCACUACUACUACCGGGAGCGCUGGGAGCUCUAUGACCGCAGCCGGGACCCCCGCGAGGCCCGGAACCUGGCCGCCGACCCGCGCUAUGCCCAGGUGCUGGGCCUGCUCCGCGCCCAGCUGGCCAAGUGGCAGUGGGAGACGCACGACCCCUGGGUGUGUGCCCCCGACGGGGUCCUGGAGGAGAAGCUCUGGCCCCAGUGCCGCCCUCUGCACAACGAGCUGUGAGUGCCCCAGGCACGUGCCCCCCGACCUGGUCCUCGCGCCCACCCUGCCGAACCAGGGCACAGCCAGCCCCGGGCACGGGGCCCACAGCCCUUCCUCUGCGCCCGUCUGAGGAGGGCUCUCCUGAUGCGGGCCUCAUCCCCCCUCUGCCUGGGGGGACCGGAGGGGAGGGUGUGUGCCCUCCCACGUGGGACGUUGUGCUUCUGUCUGAGCCGUGUCCCAGCACAGGCAUUCCAGGGGACCUAGCACAGGGCAGGGUCCCAGCCCACGACAGGGGAGACAUGGUCUGGCACGGAGUCUUGUGUUCUCAGCUGGGACCUGGGCUUGAGAACCUCUUUCUCCGGAAGCCACAGAUGUCCUGUGCCCUUCCCGUGAGAGACAGGGCAUCCACGUGCCAAACCCCACUCUGGGAGCGCAGAAUUGACUUUAUCCAUCUCUGGUUCUGAAAUCACUUUUGAGUGUCCCACGGUCAAGUUCCUAACCCCCCAGGCUGGGUUUCCGCGGGGCCCCCAAUCCAAGCAGGCUCCCCAGGACAGGUUUGGCCUGUGGCGCUCCGCCCUGUUGGACGCCCGGGAUGAGACCCGUCCUCAGUCCACGUGGGCGCUGCUCCAGGACCGCUCUGGCCCCGCCCCGCCCGUGAGGAGCAGAGGCUGUGCCUGGGAGACCCUCCCUCCCGCCAACUCCGUCCUGGGGUGUAGGGCAGAGAGCCACGGGCCAGGGCGCUAUGAAGGUUCAUUUCAGUAAAACACACCGAAGUCCAUCUCUGAACUUGUUUAUGACAAUGCAGCCUGCAUCCCAGACUAACUUUCUGGGCACUCAGACUCGGGGCCCUGCUGUCCAGUGACGUUCUUUCUGUCUGUGACAGUGGCAGGCCAAGCUGGUGGGAGGGGACCUGGGUCCUCUCCUGAGCCACAUUGUCUCCAGGGCCUGGAGUGGAGUCCGGGUGGCCUGAGACCAGGCUGGGGUGGGACGCGAGGUGCAGGGGGCAGUUCCUGGUCCUGGGAGCAGCCCAGCUGGGCACCCUUGAGGUCCUGGGCAGGCUUGGCGGCCACCAGGCACAGACCCACCGAAAAGACUUUCCUCCUCCCGGAGUCAUUUACUGGUGAACGGUCUCCAGACGUCGGGGCGGGGGGAGUUGGCCAGGACUGCAGAGCAGGGGGGCGUGUGCUCUGCUCUGCGCAGCAGCACCAUGACCCUGCGCCACCAGGCUGCGCCCUCCUGCUGCAGUGGGUUUGGGACGAGCCCUCUGACACUGAAAUGCAAAACGAAGUGCAGUGGUCGGGUCAGACGGGCAGUUACCUGGGGACAUCUGGGCCUCCGGCUCCGGAGGGUGCCAGAGACACCCCUCCAUGGGAACGCUCUCGGGUGUCUGGUUCAGACCAUGCCAAGCCCUGGGGAGGUGAGAUGGUUUGAAUGCCCAUCUGUGACCCGCACGUGGUGAGGGGAGCCGGCGGGGCCUGUAUGGUGGGCACGCCAGAGCUGUCCCGCAAGGCCCGGGGCUCAGCAGGAUGUGCAGGUCCCUGUGGCCCCGCGAGAGGACUCGGGCAUCAGUAUGGGCUCUGCUCUGUCCACACGACCUUCUUCUGCUCGUCGGAGACAGCGAAGCGGACACAGCUGAGCAGGGUGUCCAGGUCGCUCCAGCCGUCUGGGGCCAGGCUGCAGCAGGGGCAGGGCGCCUUGUCCAGCUCGCCCUCCUCCUGCCUGCUGGCAUCCAGGAGCUGCUCCUCCGAGGUGCCC